AUGUCGUCUUCCGAUGGAGCGCCGGAGUCAUGGAUCUCCUCAUUUUGCUCGCUCAUGGGCCAUGAGUACUUCGCAGAGGUGUCGGAGGACUUUAUCGAGGAUGACUUCAACCUAACGGGCCUGCAAUCUCAGGUACCUAUGUACAAAGAAGCGUUGGAGAUGAUUCUUGAUGUUGAACCCGAGGAUGAUGAGGAUGAGGAGGAGGAAGAGGAGGAAGAGGACGAUGACGAUGAAUUACUAGGCGAUGAGAAAACUCUGGGCUACCGUCGAGCGGGCGAUCGAAGACAUAUGCGGGUGGCUAGUGAUCUCAGUAUGAUAGAGAGCUCAGCGGAGCUAUUGUACGGACUAAUUCAUCAACGAUACAUCACGUCACGGCCUGGAAUUCAACAAAUGCUUGAGAAAUAUGAAGUUCAUCAUUUUGGAGUCUGCCCACGCGUCAACUGUUAUGGAUGCAAGGUUCUCCCCGUCGGCCGUACCGAUACCCCUGGUCAGGAGACUGUCAAACUGUUUUGUCCUAGCUGUUACGAUAUCUACACACCACCAAACAGUCGAUUUCAAUCAGUAGAUGGAGCUUUCUUCGGAACGACUUUCGGGUGCUUAUUCUUCAUGACAUUCCCAGAGCUAGACGUUGGAGGCCGUGCAGAGAGCAUUCUGUCACCCGCUUCGCUAGCCGCCGGUAAUACUUCAAACCAAUCGCGCUCGUCUUCUUUAAACACAUCAGUUGCGCUGACCACGCCGUCAAAUGCAGACCAACAACCACUUGCCAAUCAACCCGCUCAGAUCAAUGGCAUACUGUCGUCCAAUUUUGCCCCGGGCGUAGGAUUCGGCAGGAUUUAUGAGCCUCGUAUUUAUGGAUUCCGAGUAUCAGAACGCGCCAAGUCUGGCCCGCGAAUGCAGUGGCUACGCAUGAAGCCUAGAGAUAUCAACGAAUUAGACGAAUCAGCAAUAUAUCAAGCUACGCACGGAAUUGACGAUGAGGGGGGAUAUGAAGAGGGCGACGCUGAAAUGGGAUCGACGACAGCUGCUGCAUCUCAACAAACUGCAAUUGGGAUGAGAAGGAAAGCACCCAUGAGGAAGCGCAGACAUGUGCCUCCCAGCAACACUGAAAUCUAA